ACAACAAUUUAAAUGUAAACGUGCAAACAGCUUGAGUGAUAUGAGUCGGCGCGCAGCGCGAAUGCAGAAUAAACAGAAAAUGUGUAAAAAUAACGAAACAGCUGCAAUUCUACCAGCGUAUGAAGACGCCAUCAACAAUGAAACAACAAAAACACUACAUGCAUUGCAUUGUUGUUGUGCCGUCCAGGUUUGCCUGUCUGCGCACACAAGCAACAGCCAAAAAGCCAGCAGCAGUUAGUCACUCGGGCGUUUAGCCAUAAAGUUGCCCGCACGCUGAUAGUUUACAAACACAAUCAAAGCGGGUCUACAUACUUGUGUAUGAAUGUGUGUGUUAUCGCUCAUAUAUUUAAAAUUCUACUCGGCAACUCGUUGUCGCACAUUUGUUUAUCUACUGCUUAUCGCCUGUCUGCCUGCUUUCCCGGCCCAAGUUGUGAGCAAAGCACUCAAGUGCUCGAGUGCAAAGUUGAAUUGAGUGAGUGAGUGUGUGAGCGAGUGGUUGCAUGAGUGUGAUACAAAGUCUGCAGCUGCUGCCUCCGCACACAAAGAGCGCUCAAUGUUGACCUGGCCUUUCUUUGGCAGGAAUUGUUGACGUCGUCGGGGUUAUUCAGUUAAUAUUCUCACGUCAAACGGCUUAGAUCGACUUUCGCGCGAUUCGCAAGAACCAACCUAAAUGUACAUUCGGUCGUUAGCUGGCAGCUUGCAUGCUCGUUCGGUUUUCUUUUUCACUUGCUUGCGGUUAUAAGCUAUGUACGCUAGUUAGUUUGCGCUGUUAACAACUUCUUUUACUUAGAAGCAUACUCACUGCGGCUAAAGCGCAUUGUUGUUGCCGCAUAUCGCCAAAUAGUUUUUAUGUUUUACUUGUGUCGGUUAAGUUAAUAUUCAUUGCUUCCGCUCGUGCGCAUAUAAACUUUUGCGUUUCAAACAGGAAGCCGUAAACCAUCAUUAAAAGCUACGAAUAUAAUAGAAGGAGUUUGAGAAACUUCUCGUUAAAAUAACUUUCAGCGGAAAAACUACAAUGUUAAUAAAGAGACGCGUAUAAUGUUGAAAAGCAUAACAAUUCAAAGUUAUAAAAAAACUGCAUAAAAACUAAAAAAUAAUACAAAAAUUGUGUGAAAUAAAACAUAUUGCAUAUAAAAUAAGAAUGUUUAACUAAAAACUACAUUGAAAGUCAAACAAUUAAACAAAAUGUUUUGACAAAAACUUAAACCAAACAAAUAAUCAACAUUUAUUGUUGCUGUUGUUGUUUUAGUGUUUAUAUCUAAGCAAAGUAACUUGCAUACCAAACCGUCGUUACGACACAGUUUAUUUAAUCUAAUAAUUUAUUUUUGUUUUAACACAAAUUUAAACCUUUUACAACUUGCCCGCCGCAAGCCUUCACUGCACCAAAGUUUAUUAAUUAUUUGCUAUAUACUAAACUGAAAAAAAUCACGCCAUGGGUUUAUCAGAAAAUCAAGCCAACAGCUAUAUGCCAACUAGCACAGGACCUGGUGGUCAAGUUGUCGUUAUGGAGUGCCCAAAUCAUCGCAUUUCCAACAAAAAGCUGCAUAUCUUGAAGAAGAUCAAGAAACGUUUCGGACUAGUUCGUCGCUCACCAUCCUCCUGCCCGGGUCCCAACAACUUGCCACCCCUCCAAUUCCACACCGUACACGGCGACAAUAUACGGAUAUCACGCGACGGCACUUUGGCGCGUCGGUUCGAAAGUUUCUGCCGCGCGAUCACCUUCUCAGCACGCCCGGUGCGCAUCAAUGAGCGCAUUUGUGUACGUUUCUCAGAAAUUUCGAACAAUUGGAAUGGCGGCAUACGUUUCGGUUUCACCAGCAACGAUCCGGCAACACUGGAGGGUGCGCUGCCUAAGUACGCGUGUCCCGACUUAACGAAUCGUCCCGGUUUCUGGGCGAAAGCGCUGCACGAACAGUAUUGCGAAAAGGAUAACAUACUUUAUUACUACGUCAAUUCGGCUGGGGAUGUGAUCUACGGCAUCAAUAACGUGGAGAAGGGUGUCAUAUUGAGCGGCAUCGAUACGCGUGGCUUACUCUGGACUUUGGUGGACAUCUAUGGUAAUUGCACUGCGAUUGAGUUCUUAGAUUCGCGCGUCUAUAUGUAUCAACAGAGCGGUAAUGGGCUCGUGGCCGCCGGUGUAGCAUUACCUGCCGGCAAUGGUGGUGUUAUUGGUGCUGGUGGCACAUUGCCUGGUCCACAAAUACCACUGAAUCCGCAUCACCCACAUCAGCAAUCGCGUCGCUCAUUGCCAGCUGUCGAGCAGGAUUUGGAUCGUCAUGUGUUGCCUUCAAUGCAAUCGCUAAACAUCUCCAUGGAACAAAUGCCGUUUGCACAAGAUAUGGCCAAUGGUCUGCCACCGUUACGCUACAAUGCCAACGGUCGCCUCAUACCGGUGCCCUUUCACAUUACCAAAGGCCGCAAUGUGCGUCUCUCCAUGGAUCGCUUCAUAGCUUCACGCACAGAAAAUGACUUCUGCCAGGGUUAUGUGUUCACAGCGCGUCCCAUACGCAUCGGCGAAAAGGUGAUUGUACAAAUACUUAAAACCGAACAAAUGUACUUGGGCGCUUUGGCGCUGGGCCUUACCUCUUGCAAUCCGGCGGGUCUGCAACCCUCCGACUUACCCAACGAUUCUGAUUUUCUGCUUGAUCGUCCCGAAUAUUGGGUGGUGAGCAAGGAUAUCGCCUCACAACCACAACGUGGUGACGAGAUCGCCUUCUUUGUCGCGCCUAAUGGUGAGGUGACCAUUAGCAAAAACAAUGGCCCGGCCGUUGUUGUCAUGCAUGUCGAUCAAUCGCUGCAGCUGUGGGCUUUCCUCGAUGUUUACGGCUCCACACAGUCGGUGCGCAUGUUCCGCCAACAGCUGCCCAAUAUGGUUAAUUACCCACAACAGCCGCUCUCCGCCGCACCGUCGACACAACGCCUGCCACAACACGGCAAUAUGUCAAUUGCCGAAUCGAUGAAUAGUCUGAAUAGUCAAAUGUCCGAAUCGCGCAAAAUGCUGCACACCUCCGCACUCACUGUGGCAUCACACAACACCAUGAACAGCUCGGCGGCGACACUAGCCUCCAUGACGGCUAAUGCGGCGGUAGUGGCGCAAACUCAUUGUAAUGUACCUGCAGCGACGGUGUCGACGGUCACGCCCGUCACCAAAACCAAUGGCAAUACCACGGCGACGGCGACCGGUCACAUGAUCAGUAUGCCAUCAAGUGGUGAUCUCAUACAGAUUCAGCCAAACGGUGGCGGUACUGUAUUGGUUGUGAAUUUGCCACCUGCGAACUCGACACACGAGCUGAAUAGUGUGAGUGGUAGCGGUAAUGGCGUGAGCGCGACAAGGCAACCAACAUCGGGUGUACUGGCUGGCGCUUGUUCGACAACGAUGACCAAUAAUCAGUACAUUGAGCCUGUGUCCUCGUUGAACGGUUGCAAUUCCACUCAGGAGAUGAAUAAAUGGAAAGACACCGUCGAUCACAGUGGCAAUAGCAGCGCUGGCGCUGAAUGCACAAUCUGCUACGAAAAUCAAAUCGACUCGGUGCUCUACAUGUGCGGACACAUGUGCAUGUGUUACGACUGCGCUAUCGAACAGUGGCGUGGCGUCGGCGGCGGUCAGUGUCCACUAUGUAGGGCCGUCAUACGUGAUGUUAUACGUACGUAUACCACGUGAACGGCACAGUGAGGCACACCAACAUAAUAAUACAAAAAAUUAACCUGAAAACAGGUGAAAUGGAAUGCAACAGUCUACGCUAAUGCCGAAUGGAGAGUCGAUUUUUUUAAAUUAACAAUUUCGCGUUACAACAAAGCGUUAAAUUAUUACAAUAAUAUAUAAAACAAUGAGAACGUGAGAGUGUAAGAUGAACACGUAAUUCCUACUUUAGCUGAAAUUGCCUCCUAACAAAGUAUAUAAUACGCGUAUACCACAAAAGAAAGCAAACAAUUGUGAAAAACGCUUUUAGAUAACAGUAAAACCGUCAUGUGCUUAAAUUAAGCAUACAAAUUGUUACUCGCAGUCAAAGACAGAUGAGAUGAAUGAAAGGUAAUCGAUAUAUGACCGAAUGACUAAACAACUCGCAAUUUUCUUAGAAGACUACAAACAUAAUUAAUAAAAAAAUAUAACAAAAAAAAAAACACAAACAAAAACAAAAAAUGUCCAGAAAUAUAAGAGAACACAGCACUUAUGAUUAAAAAUAAACUAAAUUGUAAUUAAAACGUAUUAAAUUAUUAGUAACAUUAAAAAGCAGACUAGAGUACUUUAAGAAAAAAGCGAAAAAAUAAUAAUCUGAUUUAAAAGCAAAAGAAAAACAACAAACGCAUUUACUCUAAAGCAGAGCAGACACGUGUAGAUUUUGUAUUUAGUACCUAGCAGUUAGAACUUAAAUAUAAUGCUACGUCAAACAAAGACCAAAUGCAGAGUAGUGUUCAGAAUCCGCCAAGAAUUGAAACUGAACGCUGUUAACAUGCAAAUUGUAAAUUUAAAUUAAACUCAAAAGAUAAAAUGCAAAACGCAAAUAACAAAAUAAGAAAUAAUUAUAUGUAUAACAAUUGUAACCGACCAAUAUUCUAAAUUUGUGAUUUUAUAAAAGAAAAGCAAAAAAAAAUAGUAUAAUAAUUUAAGCAACCUUUAUUGGCGACGAAAUUAUAAUGAAAUGUAGUUAUAUAAUACUGUAAUUAGUAAUAUUUAAUGCAAAAAUAUUUCAAUUUUAUGGUGUUUUCAAAAAUGUGAAGUCCAAAAAUUAUUUGUUUCACUUAAAGUUUACUUAAUAUUGUGUGAUUAAUUAUAAGGCUGAUUGAAUGUUGAAACUUUGCCUUAGAUUUGUGCGUUAAGAUGCUUCAUAUAGUUUUCUUUCAUGAAAUUAAUUAUAAAUACACAAUUUUGCUGAUAGUAUUUCGGAAUGUUUAUGUUUAGUGUCAACCAGAAGUUUUUUAAAUUGCGUUAGUGACCAAAUCAGCCUUUUCCUCGCUCAAUUAAUCACAUAAUAUUUUUAUUGAUAGUUACUAUCGGUAUUGCACACUCUCUAUUUACCGUUAGUUCAGCAUUUUCAAUAAAUCGUGAAAAAUUCCUAGUUACAAGUCAAAGCGCAUUUCUGAAGCCUAAUAUAAAAGAAACAUGUAAAAGUCAGUUUCUUGCAUGCCACAUUUCUUUUAUGUAUAAACAAAACUGCCACAAACUGUUACAACAAAACUUUUGAAUGCUAAAAGAAAAAUGAUAUUAUUUGCUAUUAUUAAUGGCACAAUAA